UAUCAUGUUGCAGGGGAUUCUUCUGACCACCACUUUCCUCCUUUGGCCAGUUCCAGUAAAUACUAUCAAGGAACUCCCUGGAAUAAAGAACUAUGAAGUGGUUUAUCCCAGAAGACUUCAUCCACUACAUAAAAGAGAGGUCAAGGACCCAGACCAACAGGAAAAAUUUGAAACUGAAUUGAAGUAUAAAAUGACUGUUAAUGGGAAAAUUGCAGUACUUUACUUGAAAAAAAACAAAGGUCUUCUUGCUCCCGGUUACACGGAAACACAUUAUAAUUCCACUGGAGAAGAGAUCACCACAAGCCCACAAAUCAUGGAUGACUGCUAUUACCAAGGACACAUCAUUAAUGAAAAGGUUUCAGAUGCUAGCAUCAGCACAUGUAGGGGUCUAAGGGGCUACUUCAGUCAGGGAGAUCAAAAGUACCUCAUUGAACCUUUAAGCCCCACCAAUGAUGAUGGGCAGGAACAUGCACUUUUCAAGUAUGAUCCCCAUGAAAAGAAGACUAACAGCACCUGUGGGAUGGAUAACAUAUUGUGGGCACAUGGAUCUCGGCAGAGUGUGGUCCUACCUGCCACCAGACUGGUGAAAUCAAAUGACCAGAAGGGUCCAGAACGUAAGAAAUACAUAGAAUAUUAUUUGGUCCUGGAUAAUGGUGAGUUUAAAAAGUACAAUCAAGAUCGAGAGAAAAUAAGAAAGAGGGUGUUUGAAAUGGCCAAUUACGUCAACAUGCUUUAUAAAAAGCUGAAUACUCAUGUGGCCUUAGUCGGUAUAGAAAUCUGGAAUGAUGAGGAUAAAAUAAAGAUAACCCCAAAUGCAAGCUCCACCCUGGAAAAUUUUUCCAACUGGAGGGGAAGUGUCCUCCAAAAAAGAAAACCUCAUGAUAUCGCUCAGUUAAUCACAGCAACAAAACUUUCUGGAACAACUGUGGGCCUUGCUUUCAUGUCUACAAUGUGCUCUCCUUAUCAUUCUGUUGGCAUUGUUCAGGACCACAGUAGCAACGUGCUUAGAGUAGCAGGGACCAUGGCCCAUGAAAUGGGCCAUAACUUUGGAAUGUUUCAUGACUCCUAUGUUUGCAAGUGCCCUUCGACAAUAUGUGUGAUGGACAGAGCACUAAGCUUCUACAUACCUACAGACUUCAGUUCCUGCAGCCGUGUCAGCUAUGACAAGUUCUUUGAAGACAAACUAUCAAAUUGCCUUUUCAACGCCCCAUUGCCCACUGAUAUCAUAUCCAUCCCAAUCUGUGGGAACCAGGUGGUAGAAAUGGGAGAGGACUGUGAUUGUGGGACUCCGGAGGAAUGUACCAACAUUUGCUGUGAUGCUAAAAUUUGUAAAAUCAAAGCAAAUUUUCAAUGUGCAAUAGGAGAAUGCUGUGAAAAAUGCCAGUUUAAAAAGGCUGGUGCAGUGUGCAGACCAGCAAAAGAUGAGUGUGACCUGCCGGAAAUGUGUGAUGGCAAAUCUGGUAUUUGCCCUGAUGACAGAUUCCGAGUCAAUGGCUUCCCUUGCCAAAAUGGGGAGGGCUACUGUUUUAUGGGGCUGUGCCCCACGCUGCAGGAGCAGUGCACCGAGCUAUGGGGAUCAGGGACCAAGGUUGCAGAUAGAUCGUGCUACAGCAGGAAUGAAGGUGGAUCAAAGUAUGGAUACUGUCGCAAAGUGGAGGACAGACCUAUCCCCUGCAAAGCAAGUGAUGCCAUGUGUGGGAAGUUGUUCUGUCAAGGUGGGUCAGAUAAUUUGCCCUGGAGAGGACAUAUAGUAACUUUCCUGACAUGUAAAACAUUUAAUCCUGAAGACAGCAGUCAAGAAAUAGGCAUGGUAGCCAAUGGAACGAAGUGUGGAAACAAGAAGGUUUGCAUUAAUGCCGAAUGUGUGGAUAUCGAAAGAGCAUACAAAUCAACCAAUUGCUCCUCCAAGUGCAAAGGACAUGCUGUGUGUGACCACGAGCUCCAGUGUCAGUGUAAAGAAGGAUGGGCCCCUCCUGAUUGCGAUGACUCCUCAGUGGUCUUCCACUUCUCCAUUGUGGUUGGGGUGCUGUUCCCUGUGGCUGUCAUAUCUGUGGUGGUUGCUGUAGUAAUCUGGCACCAAAGUACCAGAGGAAAGCAGAAGGAAGUCCAGAGGCCACUGUCUACUACUGGCACCAGGCCUCGCAGACAGAAGAGGAACCCACAGACAGGGAAGGCUGUUCAACCCCAAGAGAUGAGUCAGAUGAAGCUCCAUUCACCUGAUCUGCCAGUAGAGGGCAAUGAGCCUCCAGCUUCUUUUCUAAUUACAAAGCCAGAUUUUCCACCACCACCGAUUCCUACAUCUGCGUCAUCUUCUUUCCUUGGGUCCAAUCCAAAAGUCUAAAGCAGCAACAAAGCAAGGAUGGAUGGGGUAAUGAUCAAUUUGGAAAACUGGAUAAUCUGGAUGGAAGAGAAAUAUACUUACUUUCUCAUUAUUUGCUCUUGAUACUUAAGGAUGUUAACAUUUCUUGAUUCAUCUUAUACUUUGAGGAGAUUAAACAGAAAUUUUCAAGAGAGAUAUACUCUUGAGAAUCUUUGUAUGAAUUUGCAAUCUCUAUCCUCCAUACUCUUGAGAAAGAAGAGGAUUCUAAACCAGCAGCUAUGAAUCUGAAAUCUCUAAUUAGGUGACAUUUCUAGACAUCCUCCCUUUUCUUAUUGUAAUGUUGGCUAAUAUUUCCUCAAAUAUUUUGAACAUCUUGAUUUUCUAAUUUAGUAAGAAAUAAUUUACCCUCUAAUUAAAACAACCAAAAAUCCCCCAAGAAAUCACAGGAAACUGGGGGCAAUGGAAGAAAAUUGUAUAUUUAUCAUUAGAUGACUAGCAACAUCUUGAUGUUUUAACCAUUAACCUGUCAAAUUAGAGCCCUAGGAACAAAAGUAUAUAAACAUUCUCUCUGAUUGAUAAAACAUCUUAUUCCUACAUUAUCUUUUGCAAUCCUUAUUAGCUGUGCCAUUUGAAGUUUGCUACAAAUUAAUAAAAACUUUAUUAAUCAAAAAAAAUUUUCCCCAGGAAUUUGUAUAAUUCAGUGACUGGCAAGCUUAAUAUGAACUUCACUUUCUAAGUAGAGAAAGUUUUAGUUACAUAAGUUAAUAGCAUAAACCAGAGGUUGUCAACAGGUAGCUUGCAGGACAUAUCUGGACUACAGAAUUCUUUCAUUUGGCUGGAGUAAUUUUGGUCAUAAAGUAUUUUUAAAUGUUUUGAAUUUAUUGCCAAUAUUUAAAAAUUGGGAGAUCUUGCAUAAACAUCCAGAUUUCCAGCUUCAUAAAAGUAAUCAAAUGAUUUGGCAGCAUUGGAAUAAGAACGCCCAUAGCAAUCAUUAGCUUAGCUGACUGAUGUUGGAAUAAACAUUGUUGUUUGCUUUCCAAAUAACCUUAUUCUUCCUUGUUUUUUAGAACAACAGUUUUAUUCAGUUGUUCAUAUUUUAGAAAAGGCAAUCCUUAUUCCAUCUCCAGGAUAAAUCUCUAUCAUUCUAAAUUAAUUAUAAUAAUCUUAUUUCCCUUACUAGUGCUUGAUUUGGUAAGUGUAU